AUGAAGAAAGUACAAUACGACCCUUUUGGAGAUGAUUAUAACACUACUACAGAAUAUUCCGAUGACGUCUUCAGUAGUCUAUCAUCAACACCAUCGAUGUCUCCUGUUCUUUCUGAUAUAGAUUCAUUUUGUGAUCAAUUAACAAAUAAACCUCUGACGCCAAACCAAGAAGAAGUAUUUUCUCCCAAAACAAUUCCAAGAAAUACCAGUGAGACUAAUGACUUUAACAUACUAGAAACCCAAGGAAAAAUUGUUAGUUCGUUAUCUCCUCGUUUAGACCCAUCACAUAAUUCUCAUAGUCCUCGAAUGAAAAAAGAACGUAGUUGGAGAACAGCACAAAUAUUUCAGAAAGAAAAAGUGUUGAAUGUUGUUGGUUCAUUAGAAGGAUUUAAUAUAGAAGAUGACCAUAUCCCUUUUGCUGAAGUACCUCCAAAAAAAAUGUGUCUAACCACAGCAGCUCAAAGUCAAGUUUCUUUAAUUAGUACAAGUGCUUCUACUACUCUCUCUUCUUCAACACAAAGUUGUGACGAAGAGACUAAAAAGAAGACUCAAAGAGAUAAAAUUAGUCAUGAAAGUUGUAAAGAAAUAAUUUGUGCUAAACCACCUCCUAAAUCAAGUCCAAGUGAUAUAAUAAACCAAAGUCUACAAAGAGAGAAAGAUAGAAGUAUCAAAAGCAAAUCUGAACCUUAUGAAGAGACAAGUGAUGAACAUCAACAAAUAAAUGAGCAAAGUUUAAUUGAAAAUAGUAAUACAGACUUAUCUAUUGACACAAGCACGAUAAGCUCAAGUGAUUCAUUAACUUUAAUGUUUGAUAAGCCAACGAAAAGUUAUAGAGAAAGAAUAUUAGAUGAAUUUGUAAGUUCAGAAUAUACUUAUGUAAUAGGAUUAAAGAUAUGUUCAAAAUUUUUUGAAGAGCCAUUGUCUAAACAACAAAAGUACUGUCCACCAAAUUUAUUUUCUAUUGUGUUUAAGGGAUUUGACGAUGUUUAUAGAAUAAAUUCUAAUCUUCUUCAAGAAUUAAAUAAUUUAAAGAAUCAUGUUGAUGGAAAGUCAUUAGACACUCAUCUUGGUGAAGCAUUUAGUCAAUUUAUACCUUUAUUAAAUGUGUAUAAAACGUAUGUAGGUAAUACUGAAGCACAAUUUGCAGCAUUAGAUAGAUUAGAGUCAAAAAGUUCAUUUAAGAAACUUUGUUUUAACUUACAGUCAAAGAUUAGUGUUGGUCAUGCAUUAAACUUACGGUCAUAUCUUAUUACACCAGUACAAAGACUUCCACGAUAUAAACUAUUAUUAGAAGAUCUUAUUAGAAAUACACCAGAAGGACAUUGCGACUUAGCUCGAUUAAAAAAUGCAUUAGAUAAAGUAAUGUCUAUUAACCUUAAUGUAAAUCAUUCAGUAGAUAUCCAAUCAAGACAACAAAAGUUAAUUGAAUUAUCUAAAAAAAUAAAAGGAAUAGAUGACUUAAUUCAGCCAAAUAGGUAUUAUAUUUGUGAUGGAGAACUUACAAGGAUUAACCAAAAAGGAAAAAAAAUUAAACAUUUUUAUUUAUUUAAUGAUAGACUUAUUAGUGGAAAACCUGGAAAUGAAGUUAUUGUUUCAUUUGAUGAAAAAAUAGUAAACAUUAUGAUUCAAGAUGACUCUGAUAUAUCAUUUAAUAUUCUUUCACCAAAUAAAUCAUUUGAAAUACUUUGUACUAAUGAAGAAGAAAAAAGAGAUUGGUUUGAGAAAAUUAUUGAUGCAAUUAACACCGAAAACCAAUUAGUUCCUGUACAACACUCUAAAAAAGCCAUUGAAUACGCACCUUUAUGGUUACCUCAGUCUAUCCAAAAAUGUCAAUUAUGUGGUAAAGCUUUUAGUUUAAUCAAUAGAAAACAGUUUUGUAUACAUUGUGGAUUAUGUGUUUGUAAUGGGUGUUAUAGAGGAAGGUUUAUAUUUAAUGGAGUUAAUAAAAGGGGAUGUGAUAGGUGUAUGAAAAAAGCUUUAGCAAUGAAUAAAAUUAUUAUUGAUGAUGAUAUUUCUAAAAGAAAAACAAUUCGUAUGAAAUCAAGUAAAGAGGAUGAGAUUGUUCUUCGGCUUGAGGGUGUAAAUCUAACAAGAGUAAGGUCAAAUGCUAAUGUUGCACCUAUUCGUCCAUUAUUAAUAAAGAAACCUAUAAAUGAAAAUGAAGCAAAGAAAGACUGA